AUGGCGGGAAGGUAUAAUGGUCUUCAAGCAAAACUGAAGGAAGAAGUGCCAAAAUUAAUGUUCACACAUUGUUAUGCACAUGUUUUAAAUUUAGUGCUGGGAGGCGCGACGUCAAGCUGUACUGAAGCCAAGAAUUUGUUUGGGCUCUUGGAGUCUACCAGUGUAUUUAUUCAUGAAUCAUUUAAGCGAACAUCUCUAUGGGUGGAGAAAAUUUCAGAAUUAACAGCUGGACAAGACAAAUUGAGACGAUUACAGAAUAUCGGAAAAACAAGAUGGUGGGCUAAAGACAAAGCCUUGACCACUGUUAUGGAGAAAACUCGAUAUGUGGCGUUGAUAAAAACUUUAAGUGCCAUAUCUUCAAGCACGGAGUUCGAGCCAAAGGUUUCAUUCCAAGCAAAAGCUUUGAUGGAUUCUUUUUUGAAAUUCAAAACUAUCCUGACAGCCUUCACGUUCAAGAAAAUAUUUGACCUAUCAACCCCAGUAAGUCAAUAUCUCCAAACCCCUACAUUGGAUUAUCUUAAAGCUUGGGGAUUCAUCAAAUGUUUAGACAUGGAUUUACGAAGACAUUUAGAUACUUUUGAUGAUGUUUUCAAAGCUGCAAGUUUAUUUGCAUCCGAUGUUCAAGACUUGAUGCACGCUGAAAACAUUGAUCUCGACGUACAAACCACGUUACCGUUACGAAGAAUUUCUAAAAAACCGAAGAAACAUGAGCAGUUAUGUGAAGAUGAAGUAGCAUUAUUGGCUACAGACCAAAAGAGAUUUUAUUCUAUUUCUGUCUACAAAGUCAUUAUUAAUACAGCUUUAGUUAAAAUAAACGAAAAAUUCAUGUGCAACGAAGAUUUAAUGAAAGAUGCCGCUUGUUUGGACCCGAAAAACUUCAAUAAAAUCAAAGAAAAUGGAAUUCUUAAUGACGCGCUAAAGUCUAUCGCAUCAAUUGCAAAUGUCGAUCGAGAGUUGCUGUCAAAAGAACUGGAAUCUUUUGCAAAUAAGUUUAGUGAACUGUCUAAAACUCUUUGGGAUGAGCACGUUUCUCCUAGGCAGCAUAAGCAAGAUUCAGAUUCACAAAGCGACGAAGAAAACGACGAAGAUGUUUUAGACUUAGACCAGGCAGCAAAGGACGCCAUGUGUUUUUCCAGAAGUGGUUUGGACGUCUGUCAAAGUUGCAUACCAUGUGCAUAUUGUGUAAUUCUCACAAUUUCAUUCACGCAAGUGACUUGUGAGAGACGAUUUUCAGCAUUGAAGCGCAUUAAAACGAGACUUCGUUCUUUACUGGGGCAAGAACUGUUGGAUUCGUUGAUUAUAUUAAAUACAGAAUCGGAUCUAAUCAAGGAUGACGAAAACAACAGCUUUUACGAUCGAGUCAUUAACUGCUUAGCUGAAAGUUCUCCUCUUUUAAAAAAAAUGUUGAUUGGCUAGCUUUAUAUAAUUUGUUCUAAGUAAAUACCUACUUACUAUUGUAUUGUAUUUUAGUAUAGUAAUAAAUUUUUUAUAGUUUGUUUAUCUCAAUUUGUGUAUCUCAGUAUUUUUCGAUAGUAUCCCAUCACCAUGGUCUAGUCUCGGGCCCUGGGAUUGUGAUCAGCCACCCGGGCCCUUCCGGCCCAGUCCGACCCUGGACUGUUGUUGAUAAUGUUGAAUACUUAUAAUGUUGAUAACAAUAUUUUAUAAUGCCUAUUAAUAUUAUGCCUAUUAUAAUAGAAAUUUAUGAGUUAUCGUUGCGUAUGCUUUGUGUUUGCGUUUGUGUGAGGGUGCAGCAUG